CUCUCCUUUCGCUGUUCACCGACGAAACGCCUUUCUUUCUUUCUUUGAUUCUUUUCGAAUCAUCACCUACAUUCUCUCCGUUUCUAGGGUUUCCAAAUCCACCGUCGAUCAAUUAUCGGAAUCGCUAUGCAUUCAUGGAAAGACAAAGUUACCGACAAACUCACAAAUCUUUUCUCCCAUUCUCCUUCUUCCUCACCUCCUCACGGAUCUCCAUCUCCUCAUAAGGCCAGGUCACACACGAAAGAUGGCGGUUAUUUCUCAUCAGUACUUACUUUCAUGCGUUCGUCAACUGAACCCACUUCAAACAAGUAUGAUAACCAUCUCAAGCCAAUUCAAUCACUUCCAACAAGAUGGAACAGUAAAGACGGUUCAUGGCAACACAUACCUUUAACUACCUACGAUGACGAUGAUGACGACUUCAAUCCUCGCGAAAAAAGUGGGACCCAGAGCUCUUUAACGGAAGUUUCAACUGCUAAGGAGGAGAACGGAGACCAGGGUUCCGCAGGGAGCACAAGCAGCAGUUCCGAAGUGUUCGAAGACGCAACCGAACCAAAUACGCCAAUGAGAGCUGUUAUUGAUAUCACAAUCGAUUCUUCUUUCAUUUCUCCAGAUUUAUACCAGUUUUUUCAGGCUUCACUUCCUAAUAUAGUGAAAGGCUGCCGAUGGGUCUUGUUGUAUAGCACGUUGAAACAUGGAAUAUCACUUCGCACGCUUAUUAGGAAAAGCUCUGAUCUUUCUGGCCCUUGUUUGCUCAUAACCGGUGAUACUCAAGGUGCUGUGUUCGGUGGGCUGCUAAAUGGACCAUUGACACCUACUCCCAAGAGGAAAUAUCAAGGGACUCAUGAGACCUUUGUUUUCACAACGUUAUAUGGUGCACCGAGGCUGUUUAGACCAACUGGAGCCAAUCGGUAUUUUUACAUGUGUCUAAAUGAUCUGCUAGCACUCGGAGGAGGCGGGAAUUUUGCGUUACGUCUAGAUGGAGAUUUGUUAUCUGGAACUAGCGGACGUUGUGAUACAUUUGGAAACCAAUGCUUGGCUCACGAUGAAUCAUUUGCUUUAAAGAACGUUGAGUUGUGGGGUUUCACGCAUUCUUCUCGAUAUCCUUAAAGUAGAAUACAAUCCAUGGUUGAAGAAAUUUUAUACCUGGUUUCUUGUAAGUGUGUAAUAGAGUGCUCUAGUUAUUCCAUUAAUUGUCUUCUAUAAUAUACCAUUCUUGAACUUUAAGUAUAGGCAGGAUGUAGUACUUUAUCCAAAAAAAAUUAUAUGAUUUCUAUUAAUUUAUUUAAUGUUUUCACAAAGUUUCCAAGGCA